AUGGAAGGUCUUUCCAGUGCUUCAGCUGCCUUCGCUGUUAUAUCCCUCGCCGUCCAGUUAGCCGAAAGUGUCAAAAAGCUAGUUGAGUUCUGGCAGGCUGUCGAGGAUGCACCAGGAGAUAUUUGUGACCUCUUCAACGAUUUGGAGCUUUUGUCGGCGGCCCUAAUUCAAAAUCAGAAAAAGUUUGCUCAGCAUAGCCCCUAUGAUGCGAUUGCCAAGCGAAUAUUAACCAAAUGUCAAAAGAGAGUUGAACAACUUUCGUCAAAACUGUCUCCUACGAUGGCCGCAUUUACCUCAUUUUCGUCUCGCAAGAGGAAGUGGGCUGCUCUGAAAAUUAUUUUGAAAAAUGAAGAAAUCAGAAAAAUGCGUGCGUCGAUAGGAGAAUCUUUGGUGGCCGUGCAGAUGAUCAAGCAAGAUGCUAUUUUAGAUAUGGUGGAAAUGGCUCUCCGACAUCAAGAAGCUACCUCGAAGGGUAUGAGCGCGAUUCAGGAGUUUGUAGUACAAUACUCGCAAAACCACAGGCAUAUGGAUAGGUCCACAUCGCUUCUCCCCUCAUAUGAUAUGUCCAUACUCUCAGCGGGCGUGAAUACUUCAGAUGCAAGCCUGCCAUGUUUAUAUCAGGGCAAUAAAAUCCAUGUCUGUUCCGAGACUACCGACACCGUGGUCUUGCGGAACAAUCUAUCUGCGCCCUCGGGAGGAGUCUCUGCCAAUAAUUCUAAGGAACAAAUCACUGCUCAAAGGGUUUCUAAAAUGCAGUCGUGGGAGGCUGACGGCCAGACACCUAUCUUCUCAUUUCGAAUCAGGUCCUCAUCGACGAAAAGGACAAGUAGACAUGUAUUGGGCUCUCGGGAGACAGCGGAGACAAAAGUUGGCGUAGUCUUCUAUCCAGCCAAAUGGUUACAUCGUCUGGGUUUAAGUGUGGGAAUUCGCAUGUCAGCAACCGUUGAUAAUGGUUGGAUGUUCACAUUCAAUUCUUUUGGUGCUGUUCCCGAGGAUGCAUUGAUUUUCGAUCUUUGUCGACAAGGUAACGUCGCCGGUGUCAAGAUCCUCUUGGAUCGUGGCGAUGCAUCUCUAGAAUGUGAGAAUCCACUAGGCAAAACGCCAUUAUGGACCGCGGUUAAUUAUGGCCAAGUAGACGUGGCGAGAUUUUUAAUUUCCGCUGGAGCGAAAGAUACAGCCACUGGUAUCAACCUAUGGCGGAAUCCCCUUGUGCUUGAAGCUCGGUUGAAGAUUGCCAUGGUUGAGACUUUAGAAUUUUACUCUAAAUCUAAAAACGAUGAUAGCAAAUACGGUGAUAUUGGCAGGAUGGCGAUAUUCUACACUCCAAGCAAACAGCCCAACAUGACUCAAGAAGAACUCUCCGACAACAUGCUAUGUGUAUUUAAAGCUUUAACUCCAUCUCUAUGCACUGGUAACGCAGCUCAGGCGAGGUACCUUCGAGGAAUGGUAUCAGAAGGUCACGCGGGAAAGCUCAUACAUUGGCUGAUAGGCAGAAUCAAGGGAGCUCUCGAAAUAGAGGAAGACAGCAUCAGUUCUUACUCUUUACUUCACUAUGUAAUCGGGGCCCGGUUUCUUCAUAGAGAUCAGCUUUCUGUGAAAAUGAUUAUGGAGAGGACAACAAACUUACACAUUUGCCAUGGUUACGGGUCUUGGGGCUCAUACGAACCACAGACCCCAACAGUUCUUGCUAUGUAUGACCAAGACAUGUUCAUUCCAUGGCGGAAGCUUCUUCAAGAAACAAAACAAGACAUUAAUGCAUUCAUCGAGCGGGAGCUUGAUGCUAAACUUUUGUCCUCUAUGGGCUGGACGAAAGCAACACUAGGGGCCUUGUUCCGACAUCACUUCAACACACCCAUUUACAAGGGAAGGAGAGCCUUCAAUGGGUUUCCUGAAUGUGACAGGUGCAAACAUCUCAGUGUUUCAGUUGGUAUGUAUCGCGUUAAGAUCGAUCUCGAAUUCAGAAGACAACUUCGAGAGAUUAGGACUGGUCGUGCUCAAAUGCCCCAUUCCUCGCAUGCAAGAUCUGAGAAGGAUGGCUCAACCUGGACCGUAAUUGCCGACGAAAAUGGAAACCCGCUUCCAAACAGUCAACGGAAGAUAUGGCCACCAUUACCUUACCGCUUUGUAUGUUCUGAUAAAUGCAAAGAUGGCAUAUCUGUUCACGAUGUAUUCGAAAACGAUUCAGAAGACUUACCAGUGUUUCCGAUAUAUGUUUCUAAGGAGGAAAGACAGCGCCUGGAGAAAUUACGCUUAGCAGAAGAGGAGGCAAAGUGUCCCACUUAUACUAUGCCUGGGGCUUUUACUCCAUAA